AUGUCUUCUGUAACGACCCGAUCUAAGGCUAGAUCUGGAGUGCAAGCUGGGUUUGAUCCGGAACCAUUGCGAGAGGAAGUUGUGAGAGAACUGCGGCUCGAGCGGAUCCGGCAAGCACAAGAUGAGGAGUCGUGGAUCUCAGGAUUGAAGAAGUAUUUGGUUGGAGAGAUCCGAGAUCUGACACAAGAAGAUGCUAGAGUAUUUGGAUCCAUUGCCAUGAAUUAUGAAAUGGAUCAGUCGGAUCUACUCUUCUACUGUCCGACGACUAAGGAGGCUGCCGCGGAUCGAGACAAGUUGAUGCGAUUGGUGGUGCCUGAGCCUCUUCAGCAAGAUAUUCUGCAUCACUAUCAUACGUACGAGUCUGCAGGGUGGUCAUCAAGGAACAGGUCGCACCUAUGA